AUGGCCGCCAUUACCGACUCCUCAGCACAAGCAGCGCCAAAUAUGACGCCUGAGUAUGAGGUCAAGCUCCUGCUCAACCCCACCGCGGUCCUCGGCCCCAACAAGAAGCUCACGAGUACCGUCCUGUCGACCUUCGACAUGCCCACAAGCGUCACCAAGCUGAAUGUCCAGUUUCUCGACACUAGUUGCAAGGACAUCUAUACCGCCGGCUGGAGCGCCCGCAUCCGCAAGACUGAGAAAGAGGACGAUUUAGAGCUGACGUAUAAGAAGCGGUAUGCCAUCAUCGGCGGUGACAUUGACGUCGCGCUCACCACAGCUAAUAACGAUGGUUUCGACGCCGGCGACGCGAAUUACGAGGCGCAAGUCGAAUGGGGCUACCAGAAGCACACACUCUCUAUUAGCCAUAAGAAGAAGGCGGCGGAUGCUGGGAAUACAGGCAUGGACCUGCCGGGGACGAGCGACUCGUGUGCGAUGCUGAUCGGCGAAGCGCCCGAUAAGUUCGACAACUGGCGGUGUAGCAACUGGGGCACCGGCGCGUUGGCAAAGUCGCGUAUCUUUGGCCCGGUCCUCGCCAAGCGCUCGAUUGGCACGUGGGAGGGGAUGCGGCUCUACAUUGAGGUCUGGCCCAUCCGCAACUGCACGGGUACGGGGAUCGACUACCUCGUCGAGGCGUCUUUCAAGACUAAGGACCGCACGAUAGCCUCGACAAAGCACGACAGCCUCAUCUCCUACCUGGAGGGCAAGGGUUGGUUUCUCAAGGAGGACUCACUAAAGACGCAGCUCAUUAUGGAGCGCUAUUAA